CAAGGGUGGACACAUCAGAGCGGACACAGUCCAGGAUCGAUCGGGCAUUGACAAACCAAUGACAUGUGGGACGUUGGCCGAUCUACUCGCCAAGAUACGUGCUGGCGCAGUUGACAUGAAGCCGCGGACUUCGCUACCUAGUUCUACAUCUGCCGCGCACUUCAGUCGACCGCCACAACCGCAACUCCUCGUGGUGCAAGAACUUGAUGAAGACGAUUGGGAAGACGACCAAGACUGCUCAGACGUCGUCGUGUCCAUUGCUCCAAAACAGCUUGCUUCUCCUCAAGUGGUUGCCAUGGCCAGCACCGAUAAGUCAUCAGAAAGCAAGACGUGCAUCGACCAGGCGAUUGCUCUGAAGCGAAAGGCUCUCGACAUGGAAAAAUCCCGGGCAUUUCAAGAGGCUAUGGAGUUGUAUGCUGAUGCAGGGCACAUCUUCCUUCGCGUGGGUCGGUCGUGCCCAAGUGGUUCGAUGCAGAAUGCGUUGAAAAUGGAGGCCUUCUCGUUGCUGACACAAGCGGAGCGCUUAGCACGAUGGAUCGAGAACUCCAAGUUUGCUUCAUGCCGUGAAAGCGUCGUGGAAUAUGACUCUCAGAUGAGCAUGUUGGCCGCCCCACACAUGCGGCACGUGCCAAGGUGCUCAUAUUCACAGCAGACACCAAUGCCAGGAUCAUCAGCUCCAAGACCAUAGGACUCGUAUAACUCCAUCCAUAUUCAUCACCUUAACGUUAAUCUACUGUAAGUCUUUCCA